AUGGACUCGGCAGAGUCGUCGUCGAAGAGCCUGUUGUUGACUUACCGCGACUCGCUUUCUGACGGCGUAGACGAGGCGUUAUAUCAUACUGAGAAAAGACCUGUUCAUCGGAAAUGUCCAUAUCCAUCACUUUACACCGCCAUUGUUCACCUCGCCAUCCUCAUCCUCGUUCCUGCGGUGAUUGUUCUACAUCGGCGGGCCGGAAAGGGACAGAUUAAUGAUCCCAUGCUCCAACUAUACUCUCCUGUCAACGACCACAUUGAACAUGAAAUCAAAUUGAUCAAAGGAGGCUUUGCGUUCAGCAAUGACCCUGACGCAAAGGCAUACGUUGGGUCUAGCAACGCCACGAACGAACUGUGGUUAGAUCUGUACCAAUAUUCGGGACCGAGCAUCAUUUCCGCCGAGGAGAAUGCUCUCCUCCCUCAAAAGACUUCGAAUAUCAAGGGCCAUCCAGAUAAGCACGUCAUGAUCCUGGAAGUCUUCCACGAGUUACAUUGCCUGGAUCGUAUUCGUCAGAGUCUGUACCCCGAGACAUUCGGAUGGGUGACCUAUCCGGACGGAACCAAGGACACGAAGAAAAUGGGCCACCUUGAACACUGCGUCGAUCUGCUGCGACAGACAAUCAUGUGUGUCGGGGACACGAGCGUGGGGAUCUUCCAGCGACAAGAAGAUGGCUCCUUGAAGGCCGAUUCGGAUGUCUUGAGGGUGUGUAGAAGCUUUGAGAAGAUCCACGAGUGGGCUGCGGGGCGACAUGCUCAAGUCGCUGUCGCGUGA